GAGACACUUUGGAUCCGCUCAGGUUUCACCAGUUUGAUUCUGUCUAACACUGGGUUUAGUCCUGGUUUACUCCUGGUUUAGUCCUGGUUUAGUCCUGGUUUAGUCCUGGUUUAGUUUAAACCUGACUUGGUCCUGGUUUAUUUCCUGGUUUAUUUCCUGGUUUAUUUCCUGGUUUCAGUCUUGUUGUGUCGUUAUGUCACACAGUUUUUUAUAGUAUUUAAUUAACUGUUUUUAUAAUAACUAUUAUUUAUUUUUCCUUCAGAUCAGACUGUGUUUUUCCCAUGUUUUUAAUAGAACUCGUUAAUAACUUCUUAUCUAAUUUUUCUUCAGAUGGUGUUAAUUAUUCAUUAUCUAAUAUGUGGAGUGUUUUCUUUGUGGCCCAUGUCUUUAUAAAUCAGAUAUAAGUAAAAGUCUGAGUUCUGAUUAUUGUUUGUUUGAUGGAAGGUCAUUUUGUGUUUUUGUUUCUUCUCAAUGUGAACAUUUCAUUGUACAGUUGUAUUUCAUAAAUGUUUAGCUCUUUUGGCGUCUCCUUCUUUACAUUUUGAUGUGAAAGUUUCUUUAUGGAGACACUUGACAAAACUACAUGAGAUGAACCAUGUGAGCAGUGGGCGGGGCUAAACAGUGUGAUGUCAUUCUGUAGGACUCUGGACUGAGCAUGGAUCAGAGAGAGACCAGAGAGGACGCAGCCCCUCCCACCACCAGCAGGGCGGCGCUGGAGAGUGAACACUCUAUUGGACGAGCGAUUAAUUUUAAAAAGGAGCAUGGUCUACAGAUCCACCAGAAACAUCCUCCAUCUGAACCUGGUCCCAUCUGUGAGUCCCUCAGGAGUGACUGGUCUAUGGGACAUCCUAUUGAAUUUGCCAAAGACCCAGUGGAGCAGCAGGGUCCAGAGGUCUCCAGUGGUCAGCACCAUCAGACACAGCUGGACUCCAUAUUUAAGCUUCUGGAGGAGGACAUCUUCACUUUUGUCCAGAAGGAGCUGAAGAAGCUCCACAAGGUUCUGAGUACAGAUUACCCAGAAUGCUUAGAGCCUGUGAAGGAUGAAGAGCAGAGGAGCAGCAGUGAGGCUGUUCUGAAGAUCACACUGAACUUCCUGAGGAGGAUGAAACAGAAGGAGCUGGCUGAGCGUCUGUGGAGCAGGAGUUAUUCUGGAGUUUAUCGGCGUGAACUGAAGUCUAAUCUGCAGCAGAAGUUUGAGUGUGUGUUUGAGGGCAUCACUAAAGCAGGAAACCCCACCCUUCUGAAUCAGAUCUACACAGAGCUCUACAUCACAGAGGGAGGGUCUUCAGAGGUCAACCAGGAACAUGAGGUCAGACACAUGGAAACAGCCUCCAGGAAACCAGGCCCAGCAGAGACAGCCAUCACAUGUGAAGACAUGUUUAAAGGCCCAGCUCACACACAUGGACCAAUCAGAACAGUGCUGACAAAGGGAGUGGCUGGCAUCGGGAAAACAGUGCUCACUCAGAAGUUCAGUCUGGACUGGGCUGAAGGCAAAGCCAACCAGGACAUACAGCUGCUGUUCCCGUUCACUUUCAGAGCACUCAAUGUGCUGAAGGAGAGAAGCUUCAGCUUGGUGACACUUGUUCAUCACUUCUUUAGUCAAACACAAACAGAACUCUGCAGCUUUGAAGACCUCCAGGUGCUCUUCAUCUUUGACGGUCUGGACGAGUGCAGACUUCCUCUGGACUUCACCAAAACCAAGGCCCUGACCGACCCCACAGAGUCCACCUCACUGCACGUGCUGCUGGUGAACCUCAUCAGGGGGAGCCUGCUUCCCUCCGCUCGCCUCUGGAUAACCACACGACCCGCGGCGGCCAAUCAGAUCCCUGCUGAGUGCGUCUCCAUGGUGACAGAGGUCAGAGGGUUCACCGACCCACAGAAGGAGCAGUACUUCAGGAAGAGGUUCAGAGAUGAGGCCGACACAAUCAUCUCCCACAUCAAGACGUCCAGAAGCCUCCACAUCAUGUGCUACAUGCCAAUCUUCUGCUGGAUCGCUGCCACAGUCCUGGAGCAUGUGUUGAAAAGCAGAGAGAGAGGAGAGCUGCCCAAGACCCUGACUCAGAUGUACAUCCACUUCCUGGUGGUUCAGGCCAAAGUCAAGAACAUCAAGUAUGAAGGAAGAUCUGAGACAGACCCACACUGGAGUCCAGAGACCAGGAAGAUGGUGAAGUCUCUGGGAAAACUGGCCUUUGAGCAGCUGCAUAAAGGAAACCUGAUCUUCUACGAGUGUGACCUGAGUGAGUGUGGGCUGGACGCUGCAGAGGCCUCAGUGUACUCUGGAGUGUUCACACAGGUCUUUAGAGAGGAGCCAGGCCUGUACCAGGACAAGGUCUACUGCUUCAUCCAUCUGAGUGUGCAGGAGUUUCUGGCUGCUCUUCAUGUCCAUCAGACCUUCAUCAACACUGGGAUCAACCUGCUCUCAGAGGAACAAACAUCAUUACGGUCAAAUAUUUUUAGCAGUAAAUCAGUUCAGUUUUACCAGACAGCUGUGGACCAGGCCUUGCAGAGUCCAAAUGGACACCUGGACCUGCUCCUCCGCUUCCUCCUGGGUCUUUCACUGUCGACCAAUCAGAGCCUUCUACAAGGUCUGAUGACACAGACAGAAAGUCGCUCCCAGACCAAUAAGAAAACAGCUAAGUACAUCAAGAAGAAGCUGAGUAAGGUUGUUUCAGCAGAGAGGAGCAUCAACCUGCUCCACUGUCUGAAUGAACUGAAUGAGCGUUCUCUGGUGGAGCAGAUCCAACAGGUCCUGAGUUCAGGACGUCUGUCUGAAGGUGGACUGUCUCCUGCUCAGUGGUCAGCUCUGGCCUUCAUCUUACUGUCAUCAGAAGAAGCUCUGGACCAGUUUGAGCUGAAGAAAUACUCUGCUUCAGAGGAGGCUCUCCUGAGGCUGCUGCCAGUGGUCAAGGCCUCCAACAAAGCUCUACUGAGCAGCUGUAACCUGUCAGAGAGAAGCUGUGAAGCUCUGUCCUCAGUCCUCAGCUCCCAGUCCUCUAGUCUGACAGUCCUGGAUCUCAGUCUCAACGACUUGAAGGACUCAGGGCUGAAGAUGUUGUCUGUUGGUCUGAAGAGUCCUCACUGUAAACUGGAACAGCUCAGACUGUCAGGUUGUCUGGUCUCAGAGGAAGGCUGUGCUUCUCUGGCCUCAGCUCUGAGGUCCAACUCCUCCCAUCUGACAGAACUGGACCUCACCUACAACCACCCAGGAGACACAGGAAUAAAGCUCCUGUCUGCUCUACAGGAGGACCCUCACUGCGCACUGGACACUCUCAGACUGAGACCUGCUGGAGAACGAUGGAUGAAUCCGAUCUGGAGAUAUUUCUGUGAUCUCACUCUGGAUCCAAACACAGCUCACAGAAAACUCAGACUGUCUGACAACAACAAGAAGGUGACACAUGUGACAGAGGAGCAGCCGUAUCCAGAUCAUCAGGACAGAUUUGAGAACUGGGAACAGAUUCUGUGUUCCACUGGUCUGACUGGUCGCUGUUACUGGGAGGUCCAGUGGAGUGGAUAUGUUCAUAUAUCAGUGUCUUACAGAAGAAUCGGAAGAAAAGGAGACAGUUAUGACAGUUUGUUUGGAUGGAAUGAUCAGUCCUGGAGUCUGCUCUGUUGUGCAGGUGUUUUCUCUGUUUGGCAUAAUGACAAACGCACCCCCCUCCCUCAGCCCUGCUCCUCUUCUGGGACAGUCUCAGUGUUUGUGGACUGUCCUGCUGGCUCUCUGUCCUUCUACACAGUCUCCUCUGACCAACUGACCCACCUCCACACCUUCAACACCACAUUCACUCACACUCUGCUCCCUGGGUUUACGCUCUGUUCUUCUGACUCCUCAGUGUGUGUGUGUGCUCCGACACACUCACCCUCCUCUGUGUAAAAUACAACAGUCAAAUCUGUAGAAAAAUCACUUUGUACAUGUUUUAUUUUGACUUGAUUUGAGCAGAGAUUUCUUUUCUAAUGUGUUAUUUCCUCUCAAAGACAAACUGCAGACAUCAGCCUCACACUAGUGUCUGUACUGAACAAAUCACUGUGUUCAAUAUGAACUUUACAAACUCAUAAACAGGCACCACAUGCAGUAAGUGUACAGUCUGUAUAUGUGCUACUUUGGUCCUUGUUUGUUUGAUUGGGUUCAAUACUCCCAUAAGAAAGUAUGUUGUAUUUUUAUGUUCUGAGGCAGUGUUUUUGUCCAAUAAGAAGGAGGAGGAGACACAGUGGUGUAGACCAUAGUAAUUAGUACAUGUGGUCUUUUAUCAACCUUUCUUCAACUUGGAGAAGCCGACCGGAGCCACACCAAACAAACUAAACCAUGAACUCAUAGAAAACCAUGGAAAUAUGAGUCUUAUUGUGUUUUCAGCCACAAAUAAAAAAGUUCAAACACAAACUCAUAU